GAAGCCUCCUCACUCAUAUCCUCUUUCAGGAAAUAUCUGGAACGGUGCCUGCUUCUUCGGCCCUGAAGUCAUGGCCCAGUGUCUUCUGUGGCUGGGCCUUGCCCUGCUGGGGGCGCUGCACACCCAGGCCCAGGACUCCACCUCAACCCUCGUCCCAGCCCCACCUCUGCGCAAUGUCCCUAGGCAGCCUCACUUUCAGGAUGACCAGUUCCAGGGGAAGUGGUACGUCUUGGGAUUGGCAGGGAAUGAAAUUAAUAAAGAAAAACACAGACAGUUUAAGGUUUACACCACCACCUACAAGCUGAACGAAGACUACACCUACAGCUACAAUGUCACCUCCACCCUGGCCUGGAACCUGAACUGUAGCCAUUGGUUCAGAACUUUCGACCGAACUUCAUUCCCAGGCCUAUACACCCUGGGCAACAUUGAGUGGUACACUGGAAUCCAGAGGUACGUGUUACGAGUGGCGUCCACAGACUACAAAAAGUUUGCCAUGGUGUUCUUCAAGAAAAUUGUCAAACAGCAGGCUUACUUCACAGUCGCCCUCUACGGGAGGACCAUAGAGCUGACUCCUGAGCUGAAGGAGAACUUCACCAGCUUCGUCAAAUCCAUGGGCCUCAGAGAUGAACACAUCAUCUUCUCUAUUCCCAUCGAUGAGUGCAUGGAUAAGUGAAUAAGCAUCAGGCAGCCAGGAGUGCCUGAAGAGUGUCACACACGUCCCACCUGGGAUGGGGGAGGGGUAAUGCGAGCUUGUUCUUGGCCCUCAGCUUGCCUUGUACUCUCUUAUCAUAUCCCCCAUAAACAAUUUUGACCCUUACAACUUUAA